AUGGAUCUCCACGCGCCUCACACCGCCGCGGCGCUGGCCGACACACCCCAUCGCCGCCACUACGCGCACGAUCGGCUGUUCACGGCUGCUACGGCCGGCGAACGCAACCCCAUCAUCACCCUGCCCGAUCGCCCCCCACCUAGUACGCCCUCUCGCACUCGACCCGGCCUCACUAGUACGGUCAACUACUCUGUCGGACUCGAUACGCUAGUUAAGCGCGGGGUCACGAGGGACUGGCGGGUGGAGGAUGUAGAAUACGUCCCCCGGCUGAACCGAUUCCGCAGCGCGCGUACGGAGGAGUGGAUCGACGAAGUGUCGACGUGGGUCGAACACCUUAAUAGCGGCAUAAUCGUCGACCCCGAGUCUGGCCUCCUGUACCGACCCGACGACGACACGUGGUGGGAUAAGACGACGUAG